AUGUCUUCAGCUGAACAACUUCUGCGAGCCUUGCUGCAUGCGCAGCUGCAUGGCCGCGCUGUUGAACUCCUCCACGCCCUUUGCCAGCCUGGAGCUUCUGCUCCCAGUGACCAUGUCUUCAACCUGAUGCUUGACGCAGCAGUCCGCGCAAGAUCCUACGGAGAGGCCUGGGAUGUUCUUGAGCUUCUGCUGAAAUCUGGGCGGAAGGCUGACAAGUAUUUCGUUUCAAUCCUCACGAAGAGCCUAGAGUCGUCGAACGACAAGCGUUGGGUUCGGCGGGGCAUCAACCUUGUGGAUAAGUUCAUUGAGCAGCAACAGGAAGAUGUAGAUGAGAUUGUCUUCAACUCUUUGUUGAAUGUAUUGGGUCAAACAGGAGACAUGCUGAAGCUUCAGCAGACAUUGAACAAGAUGAAUGACUACGGGGUGUCUCCAUCUGCCGUGACCUUUGGUACAGUUGUCAAAGCCUAUGGGAGAGCACGUGACACCGAGUCAGUGAUCAAAGUGUGGAACCAAAUGCGAAGUCGCUGCUUGGGCAUCAACCCUGUCACCUGCGGCUGCGUCCUAGAUGCUUGUGUAAAGUGCAACUCCCUUGACAAAGCCAUGGCAAUUUUUCAGGAGAUGCGCAUGCAAGGAAUGCACAAGAAUACAGUGCUUUAUGCAACGUUGAUCAAAGGUUUGGCGAAGAUUCGAGAUUUGCAGGGAGCCAUGAAUCUCUAUCACGAAAUGCGGAUGGAAGGUGUGCCGUGCAAUUUGGUAACCUUCAAUUCUCUUAUGGAUGUUUGUGUGCGUUGUGGUGACUUGCAAACUGCGGCCUAUUUCCUACAAGACAUGAUGCAGAUGGGAAUUGAGCCAGACCUCAUCACAUUCAGCACCUUGAUCAAAGGUUACAGCCAUAUUGGUGAGGUGCACAAAGCCUUGGCUUUGUCGAAAGAGCUGAAGGCUCGAGGCCUGAAGUGCGAUGAGAUCAUGUACAACAGCCUCAUCGAUGGCUGCGCAAAAGCUCGAAAACUACAUGAGGGACUCUCCGUCUUUGAGGAAAUGUUGCAGUCUCGAGUGCAACCGUCCAACAUCACCUUCUCCAUUCUGGUGAAGCUGCAUUUUGAGGUUGGGCAAAUCUCAGAAGCUUUUCGACUGGUACAGCCCCUGCUGUCCUUGGUUUGACAACUUUGAUUUUUGUGACAUUGCAGCUUCCUGAGGGUUGGUGUUAGUGUUCAUGGUAAUUUCAGUAAUUUUGACCUUCUGUAGUAGAUUUAUGACAUUCGGAACUUCUUCAAAAGCUUCUUGCAACAUGUGCUGCGGCAACGCUAUUCUGCUAUUACAAUACGA